AUGAGUAACACAGAGAUGUUGGCAAUCUCCAGCCAUAGCGAGUCUCACGAGCUCCGCGCCUGGCUACAAACAGCAGUCUCUCGACAUGCCGUUCAAACGUCCACGCCCGACUCUGCGAUUGAGCGUGAGAUACCAGCCGAGAAUGAGCAUGAGAUAGCACAACUAGCCCCAGUAGAUGGAGGAAUUGCGGCAUGGCGACUACUCGGCGCCGCCUUCGUAUUUGAGACUCUACUAUGGGGGUUUCCAUUGUCCUUUGGUGUGUUCCAGGACUACUACUCGAGAAUCCCAGCCUUUGCCAGCAGUCCAUAUAUCGGUGUCGUCGGCACAAUAGCCUCUGGCCUUGGCUAUAUAGGGGCCCCGUUUAUCAUGCCUUUUAUCCAGAAACACCAGCGUUGGCGGCGGCAGAUGAUCUGGGUCGGCUGGCCCAUAUGUAUUGGCGGACUCGUGGCUGGUUCCUUUGCCAAUACGCUCGAGACUCUUAUCCUCACGCAAGGUGUCGCUUAUGGUGUUGGGUUUCUGAUCCUUUACUACCCUAUCCUCAUGAUGGUCAACGAGUACUGGAUAGCUCGCCGCGGAAUGGCUUACGGGCUACUCUGUGGCGCGUCGGGUGUUUCUGGUGCCAUCAUGCCAUUUGUUGUACAGGCUCUCCUCUCGACUCACGGCUAUCAGACGACCCUCCGCGCCGUUGCUAUUGGCCUAGCCGUUUUAACAGGCCCCCUUAUCCCAUUCCUUGACGGUCGUUUACCACCCUCCGAGCACGUCAGCACGCCCAAGACGAAUUGGUCGUUUUUCAAAAGCCCACUCUUCUGGCUAUACUCUGUAUCCAACCUAUUCCAGGGCUUUGGAUAUUUCUUCCCCUCCUUGUACCUCCCAUCUUUCGCGACGUCUCUUGACCUCGGCGAAAAGUCCGGGCCCGUACUUCUCGCCGUCAUGAGCGUGUCCCAGGUUGCAGGGCAGUUUGUUUUUGGUUACCUCUCAGAUCGCAAGCUACCGCUCGAUGUCCUUGCUGGUAGCUCUACCCUUGUGGCCGCCGUAACGACACUCACCAUGUGGAGGCUGGCAGACUCUUUUCCCGUCCUGGUCGGCUUCACCAUUCUAUAUGGUUUCUUUGGGGCCGGCUUCACUGCUAUCUGGGCGAGGAUGAGCACAAGCAUCACGGAUGACGUGACCGCUGGGCCAAUUGUCUUUGGCCUCCUCAACUUUGGCAAGGGUGUUGGCAACGUGCUCGCGGGUCCUGUUGGUGGUCUGCUGGUUUACAACAGCAAUGCCCUGCAGCACUCGUCUGCUGAUGAGUCUCUGGUUUCGUCAUCGUAUCGCUGGGUUAUUAUCUUUACUGGGUCCUGUAUGUUCGCGAGCACGUCUACUAUUCUCUUGCGAUAUUUAAGACGGUUCCUCGGAACUAUAGUUACACUUGGCACCAAGUUUCUUGAAAAUUGGCUGAUAAAACAAAUGUCUUUCUUCUUCUUCUAG